AUGAGUAAAGUCCAAAUGCUGCUGUCGUUGAAGAAGCAGCGACUCACUGCUGCUAAUGAAGAGAUAUUUGCUCUGUUUAAACAAACAGUAGCAGAGCUCGAGGAGGAGCUGUUUCUUUCCAAAGAGGAGAACAAGAGACUCCAGAAGCUACUGGACGCUGUUUUACAGCCUCAGCUUCGGAUACACAGAGCAGACGUCCAGCAGCUGGUGGUGGUUAAAGAAGAGCUUCUCCCUGACCAGCAGGAGUGGAGCACCAGUCUGGACCAGGAGGACCCAGAGCCCCCCCCACACAUUAAGCUGGAACAGGAGGGAGAGCAGCUUCAGGAGCUGGAGGAGGCUGAUAUCACCAAGUCCACUUUCACUCCUGACCCUGUGAAGAGUGAAGAUGAUGAAGAGAAACCUCAGUCCUCUCAGCCUCAUCAAAGACAAACUGAACACAUGAAAACAGAAGCUGAUGGAGAUGACUGUCGAGGACCAGAACCAGCCAGGAACUCAGAUCCAGAGAGCAGUUUGCAUCCAAAGACUGAGGACCACACUGGAGACUCUUCUGACACUGAAGACAGUGCUGAUUGGAAAGAGACCAGAGAACCUGCAUCAGGCUCAAACUCACUGAAAAAUAGACAUGAAUCUGUCAGUGAUCCACAACGUAGUGCUGAAAAGAAACCAUUCAGCUGCUCAGUCUGUAAGAAAGCUUUUUCACAGAGUGGAAGUUUAAAGUCACACAUGAGAGUCCACACAGGAGAUAAACCAUUCAGCUGCUCAGUCUGUAAGAAAGCUUGUUCACAGAGUGAACAUUUAAAGAGACACAUGAGAAUCCACACAGGAGAGAAACCAUUUACCUGCUCAGUCUGUAAGAAAGCUUUUUCACAGAGUGGACAUUUAAAGGCACACAUGCUAAUCCACACUGGAGACUCUUCUGAACCUGACACUGAAGACAGUGCUGAUUGGAAAGAGACCAGAGAACCUGCAUCAGGCUCAAACUCACUGAAAAAUAGACAUGAAUCUGUCAGUGGUCCACAACGUAGUGCUAAAAAGAAACCAUUCAGCUGCUCUGUCUGUAAGAAAGGUUUUUCACAUAGUGGAAGUUUAAAGAUACACAUGAGAAUCCACACAGGAGAGAAACCACACAGCUGCUCAGUCUGUGAGAAAGAUGACUGUCGAGGACCAGAACCAGCCAGGAACUCAGAUCCAGAGAGCAGUUUGCAACCAAAGACUGAGGACCACACUGAAGAAUCUUCUGAACCUGACACUGGAGACUCUUCUGAACCUGACACUGAAGACUCUUCUGAACCUGACACUGAAGACAGUGCUGAUUGGAAAGAGACCAGAGAACCUGCAUCAGGCUCAAACUCACUGAAAAAUAGACAUGAAUCUGUCAGUGAUCCACAACGUUGUGCUGAAAAGAAACCAUUCAGCUGCUCAGUCUGUAAGAAAGCUUUUUCACUGAGUGGAAGUUUAAAGAGACACAUGAGAGUCCACACAGGAGAGAAACCAUUCAGCUGCUCAGUCUGUAAGAAAGCUUUUUCACAGAGUGGAAGUUUAAAGACACACAUGAGAGUCCACACAGGAGAGAUUCUACACAGCUGCUCAGUCUGUAAGAAAGCUUUUUCACAGAGUGGAGAUUUAAAGGCACACAUGAGAGUCCACACAGGAGAGAAACCAUUCACCUGCUCAGUCUGUAAGAAAGCUUUUUCACAGAGUGGACAUUUAAAGGCACACAUGCUAAUCCACACAGGAGAGAAACCAUUCACCUGCUCAGUCUGUAAGAAAGCUUUUUCACAUAGUGGACAUUUAAAGUCACACAUGAGAGUCCACACAGGAGAGAAACCAUUCACCUGUACAGUCUGUAAGAAAGCUUUUUCACAUAGUGGACAUUUAAAGUCACACAUGAGAGUCCACACAGGAGAGAAACCAUUCACCUGUACAGUCUGUAAGAAAGCUUUUUCACGGAGUGGACAUUUAAAGAGACACAUGAGAGUCCACACAGGAGAGGAAAAAUAGAUUUGCAAAGUUUGUGACAAAAGAUUUAAAUGGCGUAAUCGUUUAAAAAGACCAAGUGUGUUGGUUAGGGAAUACAUUUGUAUCCUAAUGCCGUUACAUGUAAUACGUUACUCCCUAAGCCUGUUUUCACCCACCUGCAACCGAUUCGCUAAUAAUCACAAAUGUUUAUUUCUUCGACCCCUUGACUCGACUAUUUCUUGUUUAAUAAUCGUUACAUCUCCUCAGGACCAAGUUCCCGUGUCCUGCCUUUCACCUGCUGAUCACCCACUGCUCAUUUAAGGUGGACUCACCUUUACAAGGG